UUCGGAUUCUCUCUCUUUCUCUCUCUCUCUCUCUCAUCUCAAUGGCGCUCCGUAAAAUGCUAGGGAAGCGUUUAUUCGACGGUCGCAGAGUAACGUCACCGCCGGUGCCUCCAGAACACUCUUCGAUCAAAUCCUUGCCGUCGAUCCAGACGGCCACCAAAGCUAACUUCCACCGGGAAUACCUGACGUCGCCGGACUCAGCCAAAAACGGCUUUUUCCGGCAAUUCCUCCACCGGAAAUCUCCAGACCAGUCCCCAGCAAAACUCCCGGAGCUGCUCUUGUUGCCGGUCGGAGAACAACUCCGGGAGAAGCUCCGAGUAGCCGACAUUACCUCCAAUCGCCUUCGCCUGGACUGCCUCAGUCCUCCGGCGCCGGACCCAGCCGUCGGAGAUUUUCCGCAUGGCUUAUCUGUGAACGACACGAGGAAGAUUCUGAGGCUUGCUCAAGUUGAGAAAUUGAAAUCGAAGCUCAGAGAGAUUCCGAUGAGCUCGAUUUCGUAUUCCGAGUUCCUUCGUAUCUGCGUCGAAGGUUGCGACAACGAAGAUCAAGGUGCCGAGUUCGCAAAGAUGAUGGAUGAAUCCGGAAACGUCGUCGUUUUGGGGAACGUCGUUCUUCUUCAUCCUGAACAGGUAUAG